UCUCUAAUAUCGUCUACUGUCAAAUCUAACCAAAUUUACAAAUUGUUUUAGAGUUUGAAAACUUAAACUAUUUUUCAAUGGACGAAAUUCCAGACGAUUCGGAAAGAUUAUCGGCUGCAGCGGCAGCAGCACAGGCUCGACGUGAAGCACGAAUGAAGAGAAUAUUGGAAAAUUCGAAAAAUCGUUUAAGCAAAAUCACUGGCAGGGAAGAAAAUGAUGUUCCCGAAGCUCCCAUCAAAAAAGAAUCGGAACGAAUCAUCUAUCCAGACCCGGAGAUCGAACGGGAUGUUUACGAAUUCGAAGCACCAUUCGUACCAAUGGGAACACCAGAGCCCGACAUUGACAUUUUCCAGCUUUUAAACAAUUUGAAACCACAAAACGGUCAACCCCCGUCGACAGCACCACAACAAAUGGCUCCAACAUCGAAAAUGACCAGAUUUCUUCGAACAAAAAUUCACUUUGCUGUGCUCGCGGUGUUGACUUACGUUAUGGUGGCCACCGAUACUUUAGUAACCAGAAACAUAUUUCUCAUGUUCCUGCUGUGGGAAGCAGCUGAAGUUUUUUUGUUGAAAACCUAUGAGGUGAACAAGACCAGUUUCAUUGGCAUUUUAUUCAUGCUGGGCGGUAUACCGGCGAUACAUUCGACUGCAAUUAUAAAAUUCAUGGAAACUGCCGUGAAAAUACUGAACGAUGUCGCGGUUUUUGUUUUCUAUUUCGUCGUUAGUCAUAUUUUGUGGAAAUUGUUUGUGAUGGGCAGCACGUUCGAUAGUAUUACCAAUUUUGAGGCAAUAUAGACGGCCGACUUCUGCGUUGGUAAUUAAAUCG